AUGGGCGUUUGUCAGGUAAAAAUUGUUCGUGAGAAAUCGAUAAUUGUUUGUUGUGCAAAUGCAAACGCUGAAAAGCCUGAUAAAAUAAUGGUGAUUGACGUUGAUCCGACAAGAGCGACAUAUGGACAGCCAUUCCGCUUGACUGCCUUUUUUCAUUUUAAUGUAUUAUCGUUUGCUGAAUUACCGACAAUCGGUGAUGAACUCAUCCACAUGGGUUGGAGUCAAACGGCUGCAACGAGGGACGAUAUGAGCACUUUGAAUCGGAGAUAUCUGAUUGCGCCAUGCAUAAAUACUUCGCGAAUUUACAUUUUUGAUUACCACGAUGAACGUAUUUCUAUUCAUAAGUGUAUCAGUGAAGAGGUUCUUUUUCAAAAAGAUUUAAGUGCUCCUUACGCUAUCCACAGCUUACCGCAGAGGGGCACACCAGUGCUCAUCUCAACGCUCGGCGAUAGACAUGGUCAUGCUCGAGGAGAUUUCAUUGUUUUGAAUCGCAAAACGUUCGAUGUUGCACACGAAAGAGUGGAGAGUGACAAAAAAUUCGCAAAAUUCGGUGGUUAUUUUGCGGCACAACCGAAAUAUGGCUUUAUGAUCAGUACUGAAUGGGGACAUCCACGCCUUUUCAAACAUGGCCUUCUUCUCAGUGAUCUCGCAAAUGGUGGCUAUGGGAACAGGUUGAAUGUGUGGCGUACAGAUGGACGAAGUUUGAAAGAAGUGAUUGAACUGGAUGAAUGCGAUGGGUGUAUGACGAAUGUGGUCAGAUUCUUGCACAACAAAGAGGUUAACCACGGUUUCGCGUGCUCUGCAUACGGCUCUGCGAUAUUUCACAUUCACGUCAAUUCGCUGACCGGCAAAGUGUGCGUGGAUAAAGUGGCUGAGAUGGGUCAGGCAGAAGUUGACGGUUGGGCAAUCGAAAGACUACCGGCAAUGAUAGCAGAUCUAGUCAUAUCGAUGGACGAUCGAUUCAUGUACGCUUCAGCCUGGCUUCAUGGAUACGUGGCACAGUACGACAUAACCGACCCUUUCAGAGUGUCACUUUGUAGUAAGGUGCGUAGUUUCAAAUCUUAUCCGAAUUUCUUAUAA